AUGAAAGUUCAUCUCAGGGGUCGUGGGCUGGUUGGUAAUCAUCUUGUCCUGUUGCCGUGGAGAGUCCCAGCCUUUAUCAGCAACAACAUAGUGACCGCUCAGACCUUCUGGGAGAGGCUGUGGAUGAACUGUGAGGUGCAGAGCACUGGACAGAUACGAGAGACCUGCAGCACCACCAUCUCCAUCUUGGUUUCCAUGGUCACCAGCAUCGUCGGGAGGGGGGGGGCAGGAAGUGCACCAACUGCCCGGCCCGAGGGUUCUGGAACCAAGGCCCAGGUUGCCACGGCAGCUGGAGUUCUGUUCCUGAUUGCAAGGGGUGCUGGGUCUGGUGUCCCUCAGCUGGACAACUGUGUCAUCACUGACUCCUAUAAUCCUCUGGUACACCAGGGCUUAAAGAAAGAGCUGGGUGCUGCCAUCUUUAUCUGCUGGUCGGGCAGCUCUCAUGGCCAGAGGGAUGGCCCUGGGCGGGAUAAAGGUUGGUAUAAGAAUGCAACCAACACCACCACUAACCCUGCCCGCAGCCAGGGCACGACUCAUGUCUGA